GUCGCUGGACGCCAGUACUCAAUCUGGCCAUUGAUCAUGUGAUUUGCAUCACAUGACACCCGACGUACACCCGGAAGACAGGCUGACACUAGAGCACAGUGUCAGUGAGCCACUACCUGUCAGUACAGAUGUUAUAACGGUCCUGAAGCAGCACGACGAACACAUUGAAGAGGACGAUGAGUGAGGAGCAUUACCUAGAGCUGUGCGAGAGCCCAGUCCAGUUCGAGCAUGCGUCCAGCGUCAACAACGUCUUCUUCGACGAAGCAAACAAGCAGGUGUUUGCAGUGCGUUCUGGGGGUGCAACCGGGGUUGUGGUUAAAGGCCCAGAUGACAAGAACUCCAUCGCCUUCAGAAUGGAUGACAAAGGGGAGGUCAAGUGCAUUAAGUUCUCCAUUGGAAAUAAAAUACUGGCUGUUCAAAGAACCUCCAAAUCUGUGGACUUCAUCAACUUCAUCCCAGAUUAUCCACACACUGAAUUCUCUCAGGAAUGCAAGAUGAAGAACGCCAGUGUUCUGGGCUUCUGUUGGACCAACUGGAACGAGAUCGUCUUCAUCACAGACCAGGGCAUUGAGCUGUACCAGGUGUUCCCAGACAAGCGCAGCGUGAAGCUAAUAAAGAGCCAGAGCCUCAGUGUGAACUGGUACCAGUACUGCCCCGAGACGGCCGUGCUGCUGCUUUCCACCUCCGGGCAGGGCAACGUGCUGCAGCCCUUCGUCUUCAGGAAUGGGACAUUGUCCAAAAUGACCAAGUUUGAGAUCGAGCUGCCGGUCGUCCCAAAGCCCGCAAAACUCAGUCUGUCGGAGAGAGACAUCGCUAUGGCAACCAUUUAUGGGCAGCUCUACGUGAUGUACCUCAAGCACCACUCCAGGACCGCCAACAGUCCCAGCGCUGAGGUGGUGCUAUACCAUCUACCACGAGAAGGGCUGUGUAAGAAGAGCCAUGUGUUGAAGCUCAACACCACCGGGAAGUUUGCUCUGAAUAUCGUGGACAACUUGGUGGUUGUGCACCACCAGAGCACACAGACCUCUUUAAUCUACGAUAUCCACCUCAGAGAGCCAGACUGUGCCCUCAACACACACCAACCUGUCCUUCCUGCCCGGUCCAUACACCCCUACCGGAUACCACUGACAGGUCCAGUGGUAGUUCCCUCUCAGCCUCCGGUCCCUUGCCAACUCUACUCUUCCUCCUGGAGUGUGUUUCAACCAGAUAUCAUCAUCAGUGCAAGUGAAGGCUACCUGUGGUACCUGCAGGUGAAGCUGCCCCCCACAGUCAACCUGCAGCAGGACAAAGGCAAGCUCAUGGACUUCCUGUUGCGCCGGCGAGACUGCAAAAUGGUCAUCCUCUCCGUCUGCUCCCAGAUCCUGGAAGGAGGAGAAAGAGGCAGUCUCCCCGUCGUGGCCACGGUCUUUGACAAGCUCAACCAGGUGUACAAGGAGUACCUGGAGGCGGAGCAGAUGUACACGCUGGCCAUGGAGUCUGGGCCGAGUCGGAACAGCGCCGCCCAGAAGAGACCUGUCAGAACCCAGGCGGUCAUCGAUCAGUCAGACAUGUACACACACGUCCUGUCUUCGUUCACAGAGAGACAGGGCGUUUGCCAUAAGUUCAUCAUUGCGGUGCUGAUGGAGUACAUCCGGUCCCUGAACCAGUCCCAGAUCACCGUGCAGCACUACCUGUAUGAGCUGGUGAUCAAGACGUUGGUUCAACACAACCGCUUCUACAUGCUGCAUCAGUUCCUCCAGUACCACGUCCUCAGCGACUCCAAACCACUGGCUUGUUUACUUCUGUCAUUGGAGAGUACCUACCCCCCCGCCCACCAGCUCUCCCUGGACAUGCUGAAGCGGUUGUCCACAGCUAACGAUGAGAUCGUGGAGGUGCUGUUGUCUAAGCAGCAGGUGCUGGGAGCCCUGAGGUUCAUCCGCAGCGUGGGUAGUCAUGACAACGUGUCGGCCAGGAAGUUCCUGGACGCGGCGCAGCAGACCAGUGACCAGAUGCUGUUCUACACCGUCUUCAGGUCCUUCCAGCAGAGGAACCAGCGGCUCAGAGGAAACCCCGCCUUCAACCCUGGAGAACACUGUGAGGAACACGUGGUCCACUUCAAGCAGCUGUUUGGAGAGCAAUCCCUGAUGAAAGCUGCUACUGCCUGAAUGAGAGGAGAUGUGCACUACAGACUGUACUAGACCAUGAUGUAGCUUGGAGCACAUCUCAUAUCAAACUUUGUGGACAAGAGAUGAAAUGAUCUGGAUUCAACUGGACUGGAUUCAACACACAUGUGUUGUCUCUCUGCGAUGCCUCUGUUUCACCUGGUCUGUGUUGGAACACAUUGAUAUAACUCCACGCAGAGCUGGAGGAGGUCCGACCCCCUCUGACCUUUAUUCUAAAUGAUAAAAGUUUCAAAGGAAUCUAAAAUCUCUCUGUUCCUCAUGUGGGACCAUUUGGCAGAUCUCUCUGAGGUAAACCAAACACAAGGAGGUGUGUUAUGUUAAACGUUGUAGAAACACCAAACCAAUUUGUAUAAUUCAGUUUCUUUCGCCGUUUGUGAUUGACAAAAGGAUUUAAAAUAAAUAAAAUAAAUAACAUAUCACACCAAAGUAUCCAUGACACACCUAAAUAUCUUGUCCAAAAGUAUAUUGAUAUCUCAAGGUUUGCUUAUAUAAACACCGUCUUUGAAAUACUGCUUGGUUCCGUUGCCGAAAGGUAAAAUACACCAGAGUACGAUUUGAUAGAUUUUACAUUUACUGAUGUAGGAAUGUCGAUUUUAUUGUAGUUUAACACUUAUUUCAAACCACGUUAAACGUUAAAACUUACACCUUAGGUGAUGGCUAUACAUAGGGUUGCCAACCGUCCCGUAAAAUACGGAAUCGUCCCUUAUUUGGCAAUUAAAUGUUGCGUCCCGUAUUGAACCAAUACGGGACGUAAUUUGUUCCGUAUUUCCAUAAAUCUCCAAUACACAUGUCUGUCACACACACAAAUACUAAAUCUAACAAUGAUCAAAACAAAACACAGGGAAUACGGUACUACGGUCAGCAAAAUUGUCGCGGCGGGAUCUACGCAAGACCGGCUCCGGUCAUCUGUGUGUAUGCGCAUGCGUGUGGUGGUCACGGUUGCCUAGCGACAGACACCACACACCGGCGCUGCUCACAAAACCCGCGCCUUUUAAAAAUGCCCACUACACCCGGUACUCCACCACGUCCUCAAAAGCGUAAACGCUUGCAGAAAUACGGACGUGAGUGGGAAGACGCACAUCCUUGGCUGGACAGCGUCAGUGGAGAUGUUUACAAGGCAAGUUGUAAAAUAUGUCGGCGAGUGUUUUCAGUGGCGCACGGUGGUCUGUCUGACAUCAGACAGCAUGCAACAGGAGAGCAACACUGCAGACACGAAAGAUCACAGAAGACCCAAGCGUCAGUGUCACAGUUCUUCAUACCCCAAUCAUCUCCUGAGGUUGAUACGGUAUGAGACAUUAUGUUGUGAUUGAUUUCCUAUCUGGUUGUGCUUUUGCCAGAACAUCGCAGUGCAUGGGCAGAGCCUAUUUUAGUAAACUGUUGUGGUUUGAUUGAUGUUUAGGAUGUUGAGUUUCAAAAGUUGAAUGAACGACCAUUUAUUUAAUAUACAGAAGUAUAUAAAUAUUAUAUAUGGCCACUUAAAGAACAAAUCAUACUAAUGGAUUAACAGUUAAUAAAUAAAUAAAUACAUUUGUUAAAAGAAAACCUUUAUUCUUUAAUAUACAUACAUUUCCUAGAUCAUCCCAGCAUCCACUGGAUGUGUGGAAAGGAUCUUCUCCAGAAUGGCCAACAAAUGGAGUGAAUGCAGGAACAGGUGCUCCACAGAGCUCAUGAGAAGUGAGCUCCUGAUCACUCUCAACUUUGAGCAGUCCUGUUCAGAGUUUUACAACAGCGCUUUGAAAGACAAAGAGUUACUCAGUGCUGCAAGGAGUAACAAGAAGUACACCUGGAAAAAGAAGUAACAGUUUUGAGGGGAGGAGUAAUGUUGAGGGAAGGAGUAAUGAUUGGCACUUUCUUUUUUUACAUAAGUUUAUAAGUGUUUUUGUUGUUUAUUUGUACUGGUUUUUUUUGUAAAAUUUUUCAAAGAGAGUCCCUAUAGUUAUGCACUUAAAAAGUAACAUGAAGUUCUCAGUUUAUUUAGUUUAUAUUUUAAAAGUUCAUUGCUGCACACGCCACACAAAGAGAUUUCAUUCAAGAUUUAAUUGACUGCACUUUAUAAGAGAAUGUUAUGUGGUAAUAAAGCAUUUCAAGCUUUAAGUAUGACUAAUUGCUUUCUUGAUCAACCCUUUACUAAAAACACCAGCACAAAAUAAAACAUACCACUAAUGCGGGCGCCCCGCCCCACAGGAGUCGGCCCGUGGUGGGCGUCCCUUAUUUUAAUUUCUGAAAGUUGGCAACCCUAGCUAUACAUGUUGUUUAUUUAGGUAGGAGAUAUGGAAUAGAGGUAACAGUUUCCAAAAUUACUAUUAAUUAAUGACACUAGAAUAAUAUCACUUUAUAACACACAUACUAGGGAACUUUAGCAUCAUCUAAAGCUACAGGCAACCAAAUCAUUCGGAACAUGCCUUGUUCUUCUGACCGUAAAGAUCUUUAACCUCUAUUUAGAAGGUUUUAAUUCUGCUCCCUCUCCAUUGUGUCCAGACUCCUCUGGUAUAUCACAUUUUCUCGUGUUUGGGGUUAAAACUGGGAAAAUGUUUUGUUUGUUUAUCAGUUUUUUGGCUUUUGCCAAGAUAAUGGAUUAGUGGACACCCACAGACUCAAGGGUUGAGCUAUUUCUGGCGGGACGCCCUAGUCUCUAUCAGCUAACCGCUAACAUGGCAUCCCUUGGUGAGAAAAAAGAAGGAUUAACCAAUCAGGUGAGGCAACCGUCAUGACACUGCCCUCCUGUGAUUGCUGCUAUCCAUUUUGAUGGUAGGCUGGUACGAACCAUAGACAUCUUAUAUGAUAGACGGAGCAUCGAAAGCUACCGCCUACUGGCGCUGACGAGACGCGGGGCCGCCAUCUUGGAGUGGUCAUCCGCUCCACUCAGUGUAAUCCGUUUGGCUAGAGCAAUGAACUGUCAGCCCAUUUAAUUAAUCAUACCUCACUGAAUACCACUGAUUUUCAUGCGGUUUUUUGUCAUACGUGUAGCUAUGAUAAAGGCCACAUGGUUUGGCGUGUUUUAUUAUUCAAUACUAAUUAUACCAAUAGUACGGUAAUGUUAAAUCUUGCUUGUGAAAAGUAAUCCCCCGAUUCCUAUUAUGGAUUGUCCGCCGAUUUCAGCAGGAAUACGCUGAACAACAGCCCGGCAUCCUGUUUCUGCUGCUGUUGCUGCUCCCGGUUGACCACUCCAAGAUGGCCGCCGUAUUUCUCGCGUCCCAGCAGCCAAUGCUCCGUCUAUCUAUAACACCGGGAUUCCACCGGACGCGUACGCGCCGCGGAACGGCUGCGCCGCGGAACGGCCGCCGGGCCGCGUCCUCUGCCCUGCGUCCAUUCCUACCGGGCGCGUAAAGGCAGCGUAGCGCUGCCUUGCGAGCCAGCCGUAUUCACACGAGAUCACGCGAUAAUCCUAAGCCUAAGGUACUCACCUUCCACUCCCAAAACUAUUGCAAUUAAAUGCCACGCUUUGUCCUUUCUGACAUUUUCCUUAUAAAAAGGAUGAUUUGGUACAUAAAUUACUUCAUGUUGCUGAUCUUCGACAAUGUGUCUCUCGUCGUCCAUGUUGCCAACCCUCUGAGACCCUUUGAUUGAUUGACUGCUGACCUGGUGCCACCGGUCAUGACGUAAUAAUGUUGAUGUGAAGUUACAUGAGCUGAGUAUUGUGUUUUAUUUUGAAAAUUGACCGGAUGCUCUAUGGCUUUUACUUUUCACUUCCUGCCCGUCUCGACCUGCUCUGUCGAAAUUGACGCGGUCUAGCAGCGGCUCGCGGCAAAAAUAGAAUUGGACGGAAAGAUAGAGCCGCGGCGCGGCACGCCGCACCUGGGACGCUUCUGAAACGUUCCGCGGCGCGCCCGGUGGAAAUGGUCUCAUUGAUUAGAGUGGAAGCUAUCAGCAGCGGUGACCGCGGCGCGUACGUCUCCGGUGGAAUCGAGCCUUGAGAUGUCUAUGGCAGCCUUUCUCAAAGUGGGUGCCGCGGCACCCUGGGGUGCCCCGUGACUGUGUCAGGGGUGCCGCCAAAAAAUUACGUAUUCUGACAUUUAAUUAAAAAAAAAAAUAAAAAAAAAAUCGGACAUUUCAUAUAUGACAUAUAUGAAUAUAUUGAAUACAUAAAUACAUUCUUUCUUACAUAUGUACUAACACAUUGUCCAAUCAAACGCACCUGCACAGAAGUUGGUCAAAUGAAGACUUUCCUUCUCUCACCAACGGUCUCGGGGAAGUUAACUUCUGUGCUGAAUUACACUUCCUGUCUUCUGUUGGCCUUACUCACCAUUCAGUUCAACAUGUCGCUCAUCAAACAGGUGACAGACCUCCGUGAAGACAAGAAAUAGACCAGGCCCGUCCUGCGUAACAACAGGGAUGGCAGAUUGGUAUGUACACCUCUAGAAGUGAGAUGAGGGGCCAGGAUGCCCCCGAUACGAAUACACGCCGAGUUAAGAUCCACCCCACUCUGCCUGGAACCAUUAAACAAAUUGCCUGGAAACAUCUAUCAUCUUGGACUCUUCUGCAUGUCUUCGCCCACUAAGCUUUUCAUAAAAAGUUGGUCAACCAAUCCCUAGCUUGGGUCAUGCCUUUAAUUUCCUAUUGGCCCUUUCCCAUAUUUACUUAUAAAAAGGAAUUCAUGACAUCAAGGCAACUUUAGGGACUGAAUUUAAAUCAGAUGCUGUGGUAGAAAUUAAUGAUUAUAUUCUAUGGUAAACUAUGAUUAAAAUUAGGCAUGUAUAUCUAAUGGUAGAAAACAUGUAAAGCGUCUUGGAUUUUGAUCCAGGGCUGGUCACGAGGCCUGGGAGUCUUGGGUCAGAGCAGGGGUUGGGGCGCAACCCCCCCAGGAGCAGUUGUCUACUGAGACAAUGCAUGCUGACUCCACUUCCUGGGUCCUAGACUGUCUCGGUGACCAUCUGUUUAGAAGUAUUUGUGUUUUAUUAUGUAUGGACACCUAGAAAAACAAGAAACUGCUGAGGACUGUGCUUUUGUGUGUUUAAGAAGAGGCUCGAAUCUGUUGGCAAGCCAGUGGCUCUGCAGACUCACUCAGGCUGUUGUCGUUGUUGUUUUUCUUCACGAUAAAGUAUUUUUCAAUUCUUGCUCCGGACCCCUCGAUUUCUUUUACUCUCUCUCUUAAAUUAGUCUAAGUG